ACUCAAUCAAAUUGUAAAAUUCCCAAAAAGCAAACAAGGGGAUGACAAAUCAACCUUGUAAUGGAGGAGCAGGAAUAAGAACAGAUCAUUGGUAAAGCUUGAGGUCAGCAAACCAGGCAGUCUGUAAUUCCUGGAAUAUAUCCACACACAUGUAAGAUUUAAAAGGAGUUAAAUUCCCAGAAAAGGAAGACAAAUCUAUGAUCAAAACAGCAGGAUGAGAAGGAUGAGUGUCUUCCCACAGCAUGGCACAGCUCUGGGAAACCUGGGACGAACUGCGAACGAAAUCCGACAGGAAGCUGAAAACAGUAAAAAUGUACUGGUUUCUGACCUGGUUAACCUGUCAGCCGGAGCCAGAUUUCAAGCCAUACGAUCAUUACCUAUGCCAUUUAAUGAGAGGAAAACAGUCAGGAACAGAGUGAACUCUGUCAAACUCUCAAAGACCAUCCUCACUGCAGACUGUCGUCAGCAGGUGUCUCGGUCUUUCCGCAGAUUUUGUGCCAGCUUGGCAUCAGCUAGGCAGCAUUUGAUUAUAUGGCAGGACACACUGAAGGAGAUUGGCAGCAGGUUUGGCACUUCUGUCCUCUCCUACUUCUUGUUCCUUAAAUGGCUGUUGCAGUUCAACCUCUUCUCCCUCAUCAUCAACUUCUGCUUCAUCACAAUCCCACAAAUUGUGCAUGCACCUAAUAUCAGCAGCACCACAGGGUUCAGAGGACUCGAGCUCCUCACUGGGGUGGGUUAUUUCAACCAGACGGUCUUGUUCUAUGGUGGCUAUAAUGGUGAAGUGAUCGUAUCCAAACCAGCUUACAACAUGCAGUUGGCCUAUUUUUUCACCAUAGCCGCAUAUCUGGUGCUGUGUUGGGUGUCUCUUAUUUACAGCAUGUCCAGAUCCUUUCAGAAGAACUUCGUGUUAGAGACAGGACCUGUCUCUGGAGGAGCAUGGCGUCUCCUGUGCAGCUGGGAUUUCAGCGUUGUCAAUGAAAAAGCCAUACAGUACAACAAGAACAAUCUCGCCAUUCAGCUGAAGGAGUCCUUAUCAGAAAGGUUGCAGGAGAAAAACAAAAUGUCUCUGUCUGACAGAAUAAAGCAUCUGUCUCUCCACCUACUGGCCUGGCUGCUCUCUUUAGGACUUGCCCUAGGUUCCUGCGCAGGCAUCUACUUCCUGGGGACAGAUCCAGAUCUGGCCUUCAGUUUCAAUCACAAUCCAAAUGAUUUAAGGGCCGAGGCAUCUACUCUGCUUCUGCCUGUGGUCGUGUCGCUCAUCAACCUGAUAGUGCCUCUUCUCUACUCUCUCAUCAGCAAAAUAGAGAGCUACUCCAACCCACGCGCAAAGAUCUACAUCAGCAUCAUUAGAAAUGUUGUUUUAAAGAUGUCCGUUCUUGGAAUCCUUUGCUUUUAUUGGCUGAAUUUCGUUCCUGACAAUAUCUCAUGUUGGGAGACCUUUGUGGGGCAGAGCGUGUAUCGACUGCUGAUGAUUGACUUCAUAUUCUGUCUGCUUGGCAUUUUCUUUGGGGAAUUCCUACGCAAUGUAAUCGGAACCAUGUGCAUCCAGAGUCUCGGCGUCCCAGAGUUUGACAUUGCUAGGAAUGUACUUGAUCUGAUCUAUGCUCAGACUCUGGCUUGGAUUGGAAUUUACUUCUCCCCCCUACUUCCUGUAAUGCAAGUCCUAAAAUUGUUUAUCAUCUUUUACUUGAAGAAGAUCAGUCUGAGUAUGAACUGUCAGCCUCCCAAACACACUGGCAGAGCCGCUCAGAUACAAACGGUCUUCAUCGCCCUACUCUUCUUCCCUUCGUUUGUGGGCGUGCUAUCCAUGGUAGCAUACACAGUGUGGAGUCUGAAGCCCUCAGAUCAGUGUGGGCCCUUCCAGGGUCUUGACACCCCUUUCCAAACCAUUUUCCAUUGGACUGAUUCUAUCCAGAACUUCCCUGAAAGUAACUGGGUCUGGUGGAUAUUUGAGAACAUCCUGAGAAGUGAACUCUUCUACUACCUGAUUAGUCUCAUCGUCCUAGUCAUCACUUAUUUUCUCUGGCAAAUCACUCAGGGACGGAAACAGCUCAUCAAGACUCUGAGAGAGCAGAUCGUGAAUGAAGGAAAGGACAAAGCAUUUCUCUUGAAUAAACUGCAAAAUCUACAGAAGGAGAGAAGGGAAAUAGCAUCUUACAGACCUCAGGACUUUGACCAGACACCACAUUUCAACCCAAACUGGACGAAUACACUGCCCUUGAAUAUGUGAAACACAUUCUUCAGUUAUUUUCAAUCUGUAAAUGUCUUUUUUUUUUUUUUGUAAAUAUUGCAUUAAUCUGUAACUUAUUUGUAAAAUUCCAACUAUCAUCUCUACUGGAUGCAAAGAGGAAUGAUUCAGAACAUCAGCAGUAAUGGCAUUUUGUGCUUGUCUAGUAAGUGACAGUGUGUUU